AUCGAACUAUUUAUAUUAUAAGCCUGAGCUCUCACAUGUUUUCAUCUUGAACAGGUCAGUUAAGUGCUAUUUGAUCUUUUCUUUCUCACACCCACUCUCUCAUCGCUGUAAGAUUUUUCUUUCUUUUUUUGAUCUCUCGCAAUUACCGCGUGGUGAAGGUUACUCGACUUUAUAACCUCAAAGCGAAGUCGCCAAGACUGAUCUUGUGAUGAUCAAGUUUAGUUUUUCCAACGUUUUUUUAUGUGAAAAAAUUUCAAAGAAAAAUCGAAUAAAUUUUUAUCAAACUCUAGAAAGAUAUUGAAUUUAAAAAACUCCUCAGACGUAUCAUAUUUGGUAGACAAUUAAAUACUGUACGUGAAAAUAAAAGCGUCACGUCUGUUUAAUUGUUGAAAUCAUUUGUUGUUCGACAAUGUCUAAGUCGAGAAAGAGUUUGUCAUCGUGGCAAAAAUGCGAACAGUGUCAGUGUGUCCUGACGCAAAAAGAUUUCUCACUGCACGAAAAGAAUUGCCCACCUUCCACAGAAAAUUGGAAAUAUUGUUUUAUUAUUGACGGAGUUUUGUACAACACAAAAGCAGAGACUCUCGAAUUGCAAGAAUUACCUGAACAAAUCUCUGAAAAGGAAGCUAACGGUAUGGUGUUCAUAUCGUUACCUUCUUUGCAAUUGUGUGACAUUGCGAUUGGAUCGCCAGUUGUUGUGGAAACUGCAAAUGAGAAAAUUGUGCAAACAGCUUGGCCAACUAAUGGGAAAAGUUUAACAAGCGUGUCUCUGACAAAACAUGCUAUUGAAUUAAAUAAUAUAACAGGGCCUGUAAAAGUGUACUCUUUGACGUCCAAAGUUGACGUCGCCGAGGAGAUUGUAAUUGAUCAACAGGGAAAACGUUCGGUAUCCGACCAAAGUGUCGAACUCGAUUAUAUAUUGAAAUUUUACAACGAACACAAGAUUCUCACCGUUGGCAAUAAAUUAAGCGUGCCGUUUUACGGAAGAAAGUUAACGUAUAAAAUUGUUCGCAUCAGAGCAGACACGAGCAAGAAAAGACGAAAGAGAGCGGUAGAUGAACACAAUGAUCUCUCAGAAGCUUUCGAAAAUAUAAGUCUAAAAACUGAUUCUACAGACAUCAUUUUUUACAAAGCAUUGUACUCGACGAAAUGGACAAUUAAAGUGGACAACACGAGUAAAAAUGAGGACGCUGUUCCAUUGAAGACGUACAGCACUGAGGAUAUUGGAGGAUACGACAGUCUCGUGUCCGACAUAAGGGAUGUAAUUUCGAUAGGUAUCGGCAAAUACAAAAGAAUCAACUGCUUGUUCGAACACUUCGAUGUCAAUCGGGGAGUGAUAUUACACGGUCCGACCGGUUCCGGCAAAUCCAUGAUAGCUCAAGCUGUAAUCGCGGAAUGCGGCGUACAGACGUUUACCGUGUGCAGUUCGAAUAUUUACAGCAAAACCAUCAACGAAACGGAAGACAGACUCAAAGAGGUGUUCAAGAACGCGAUUGCGAACGCGCCUAGCGUAAUAUUGUUCGAGGAUAUAGACACCGUGUGUCCGAGAAGGGACAGAGAAGAGGAGGAACCUCGUCCAUUGGAGAGGAGAAUUCUCGCCCAGGUGACGGCAUUCUUCGACACUAUACAGCGCACCAAUAGCGACGUAUUUGCAAUAGCUACAACCACGAAAUUGGACUCGGUGAACAGAUCUCUGACAAGACCCGGUAGAUUUGACAUGGAAUUCGAGAUCUACGUGCCAAAUCCGAACAUGCGCAGGGAAAUAUUGACGAAGUUGCUCUCGAAGAUACCGAAUACACUUUCGCACUUAGAUGUGGAAAGGAUCUCGUUCGACACCCACGGCUUCGUCGGGGCGGACUUGUACGGUUUGUGCUCGAAAGCGGUAAUUAACGCCGCGAGACGUCAGAAGGAUCUGAUCGCGUCUCACGACGAGCCGAAAGUGGCUAUGAUCGAUCUUCAGUACGCGCUGACUGUGACGAAGCCUUCGGCUAUAAAGGAAAUUACGGUGCAAAUACCGAACGUGAAAUGGUCAGACAUCGGCGGUCAGAAGGAACUGAAGGAUCUUUUGAUAAAGGCCGUCGUGUGGCCGUUGAAACAUCCCGAAAAGUUCGAGAGAAUGAAUACCGCGCCUCCUAAAGGAGUGUUGAUGUUCGGACCGCCAGGGUGCUCGAAAACUAUGAUCGCGAAGGCUCUCGCUACCGAGAUCAAAGUGAACUUCCUAAACAUCAGGGGUCCGGAAUUGUUCUCCAAGUGGGUAGGCGAGUCGGAAAAAGCGGUAAGAAAAGUAUUUCAGAUGGCGAGACAGGUAGCACCGUCCAUUAUAUUCAUCGACGAGAUCGACGCGUUAGGAAGCGAGAGAGAUUCCUCCUCGACUACCGUUCAGGAACGAGUGCUGGCUCAAUUGCUGAUCGAACUCGACGGUGUCACCGCGUUGAGAAACGUCACGCUGGUAGCGGCCACCAAUCGACCGGACAAAAUUGACAAAGCGCUUCUUCGACCCGGACGAUUCGACAGUAUAAUAUACGUCAAACUACCGGACGAGCAAACCCGUCGAGAAAUAUUUGACAUAAACUUGCGAAGAAAGCCAGUCGCGGAUCAUGUAGAUAUUGAGAAUCUGGUUUGCAGAACGGACGGUCAUAGCGGCGCGGAAGUUCAACUGAUAUGCAACGCAGCUGCAAUGAAAGCGUUAGAGGAAGAUGCCGUCAGUAUUACCCAAGAGCAUUUCGAAGCUGCACUUAAAACCGUUGUUCCUAGAACACCAGCGUCUCUUCUUAAAAUUUAUGAGGACUUUAUGAGUAAAAACAAGAAAUAAAAAAAAAAAAAAAAAAAAAACAAUGUCUCUGUGACACAAACACGUGCGAAUGAGUUUUUUUUUAAGAGUCCAAACCUUUAUCUAUGAAGUUAAGCAAAGAAGAAAUGAACACAUGAAAUAUAUUUGGUUUUUUUCUAUAAAUGUAUAUUUUCAAACAUGAUGAAUAAAUUGAAUAUCUAGUUCUAAAUGUUCCGAACAAUUCGGGUCGCCCGAACUAAUCAAAAUGUUUCUACUCCGAACUGCUCGAAUAAUUCGAGC